AUGGCUCUCUACUCAUCGGCACCGCCAGAACGGCCAUUCAGCGAUGCAAAACCGACAUUGCUCGUGGCUUGGUGGACAACGCUCUUUUGCACCUGUCUCAUUCUGCUUCGCCUUUCUGGGCGGUAUAUUCGAGUAGAAAAGCUCUUCGUCGAGGACAGGAUCACAGCAUUGGCAUUGUUGCCAUUGUACCUCCGCAUUGGGUGCACCCACGUCGUGCUGUUAUACGGAACGAACAAUAUUGAGCUUUCUGGACUCGAGCUCUCGCCCGAGGAGGUUCAUCAGAGAACCAUUGCCAGCAAGGUUGUGCUUGCUGGGAGGAUAUUCCAUGCUGCCACGCUAUGGACACUCAAAUUCACCACGCUCGAGUUUCUCAACCGACUAGCAGGUGCUUCGUCAAAAAAGGUCUACAAAAUACUCAUCAAUAUCCUCAGGAGCCUCCUUGCAGCGUCAUUUGUGGCCAUCAUAGUGAGCGACCUCGCGGAAUGUCGACCAAUAUCUCAUUACUGGCAACUCGUUCCCGAUCCAGGACCACAGUGUCGCCAAGGCGUGGCACAGCUUCUCACAAUGGGAAUCUCCAGCGCAGUCCUCGAUGUCAUGCUCAUCGUCUUCCCAAUCCCGAUCAUCAUUUCAACUCGCAUCGCUACACGACGCAAGGUCUUGCUGUCGAUGCUGUUCUGCUUUGGCUUUCUGACUGUGGGUAUCACUAUCUACAGAAUACCUGAAACGAUCAAAGAGCAUGGGGACCAAAUCGUUCGAUCAAUGUGGGCAUCUGUUGAACUGCUCGCAGCAACUGCAGUAGCAAAUCUGGUUGCUCUUGGCUCUUUCUUGAGGGACAGCGGAGCGAGGAAGAUCAAAUUUCGGCCAAAUUACCACAGCAGCGGUAAUACAGCCUCCCAUCCUCAAGGCCAGGGGACUACAACAAGCGGCUGGCAUCGAGCUGAAGAUGAGGACCGGGCCAAAUCGGACGUCGAGGGUUGGGGAGACCGCAAACAGGCCGAUACCGCAGCUGAUUCCCUAUCGAACAAUGGGGCUUUCCGCCCUCAAUCGUCCAGUGGCAGCGCAGUUAGUCCUACGCAGAGUCAUGACUCGCUCAUCCAGGCAGACCGCGGAUCUUCGAAGGCUGCCCCGAUUUUUAGUCUCGAGACUCCUCGAUCGCCAGAACGCGCGGUGCCUGCCGGAAUGACUAGUCUCAAACGCAGAUAG